CGGAAGUCCAAGCCAGUUUGAAGUUAACAACGGAGCACAAGUGUUCGCGUUAUACUCAAUAAUUCUGCUUCUACCUAACAUUUUUGCUUUGAACAGAAAAGUCUCGAUAUUUCACCAAGUUUCCACAUAAUGUGCGUUUUAUUCCAAACAUGGCUUUAGUUGUGUAAACUUGUUUAAAGCUAAUAAUGAUGCUAGCUAGCUACGGUAGCUAGCUGCCACCUGAUGUGAUGCGAUGUUGCAGACAGUUGCUUCACCUAAAGCGGACACCAGCUAAAUAAAUGAACAAUAUUUUACAAUACAUUUGCAGAUUAAAUUAAAUCAAUAGCAAUGUAAUACUGCUAAGAACCUCCGAACAAGCUGGAAAACAAAUCAAGUCAUAUCCUUAAUGAAUUCACUGACAGACUGUGAACCUUCAGAAAAAAACAGGACAGAAUCCCUAAUGUCCCCAUUAUGUUUACAAGGCUCAUUGUCAUGCAUUCAUAACAAUGAUAAUGGGACAUUAGAGUGAGAAAAAGUCAGCAAAAAGAUGGAUACCAGGCCAAAGUCUGACACUGAUGGUUUGCGAGGCGUCAGGUCGAAGAGUUCACAUCGCAGGAUUGGCCCUAGGCAGCAAACCAGGUUCAGAAACACUCUGGAAAGAUGGCUGCUGAAGCCCACUCCAAAAUCAAGCAGUUCAGAGUCGUGCCAGGCUAAAGACUAUACAGAAAUGAUGGAUGAAGAUGGAUGUCCUCGCUCUCAUGGUGGUCAAAAUGCUGAAACACAUGUUGUCUCAGACUCAGAUGAUGAGACGCAACGUUUAACCCCACAAGACCUAGACUUCGACAACCUUGUUCCAAAACUGUCAUCAGAUUCAGAAAGGGAAUGCAUGUGCCAAGAUUCGGGGGCACGAGAAGUGGGCGCCACAAGCUCGGGCGGCCUCACCAAAAUCACAGACUUCUUUUCGGGGGCCAUGUCCGCAGGCUCCACUUUGAGGCGAGGCAAGGUGGAUCCAAGUCAGGAACACCCGGAUACAGAUGAGGGAAAUGCAUCGGGGAGCGCCGGGCCUGACGCCACCUGGCUGGGGACGCCCGCAGGCGAGCUGAGGAGGAUGCCUGAAUGCGGCAGACCACUUCCUCCACUUAAGGAUGCUCUUGGCGUGCACACUGUGAUGACCAGGACAGAUCUUUUUGGUCAAGCAACUGUUCCAUUUCCUGCCACAUUUGAAGAUACCUGGGAUGAUGUCCACGUCAAAAUGCCCUGUUCUUGCAGGAAUCUAUUUCCUGUUCAAGAUGAGGAAACAAGACAACUUCAGAAUAAGAGUCGGUGGGAUCUGAUAAAGCAGACUUUAACCAAAAGAAUUUCAAGCGUUCCUGAGUUAAAGAAUGCAAUAUUGAGAUACUGCACUUCUACAGCCAAAAAGUGGGACUUCACUGCGUUGCAUUUGUACUGCACUAAGAUCCUGGAGCCUGACGCGGCGGAACAUCUGUUUGGCUCCCUGCUGCCAGACAUGGUGCAAUUAGCGCUGAGGGCGUCGGAGCUGUGCACCAAGCCGAUACCGCUCCUUAAGAGAGGGGCGAGCCACUCCAUCACCAUGUCGCAGGAGCAGGCGGCCUGUUUGCUCGCCAACGCCUUCUUCUGUACCUUCCCGCGGCGCAACUCUAGACGCAGCGAGUACAGCAACUACCCAGACAUCCACUUCUUCAGGCUGUUUGAGGGGUCCUCGUCAAGGAAGAUGGAGAAGUUGAAAACCCUGCUGUGUUACUUCAGAAGUGUCACAGAGCAAAAGCCGACUGGUCUAGUAACGUUCACAAGAAAAGCCUUAGAUGAUCCUCCAGAUUGGGAAAGCUCACAGACUCUACUCACAAAGCUGCACAUUACAUGCGAAGGCACCAUUGAGGAUGAAGGCUACGGGAUGCUUCAGGUGGAUUUUGCCAAUAAGUAUGUAGGAGGGGGCGUCACCAGCUCGGGCCUAGUUCAAGAAGAGAUCCGUUUCCUCAUCAACCCAGAGCUUAUUGUGUCUCGCCUCUUUACUGAAGCUCUGGAUCAUGAUGAAUGUCUGAUCAUCACAGGUGCACAGCAGUACAGCAAAUACUCAGGCUACUCGCAGACGUUCAAAUUUAUCAGCAGCCAUCAGGACACAACCCCAAGAGACGACUGGCAGAGAAGAUGCACAGAGAUUGUGGCCAUUGACGCAAUGCCGUUCAGAACGUUUCUGGAACAGUUUCAUCCGGAAAGACUCAACCGGGAGCUCAACAAGCCUUCCCAGGUAGAGACCUCCAUUUGUAACGGGAAAUGAAGAUGUUGAUGUUGUCAAGUCUGCUGUCAGGCAGCUUGGAGGUGUUUGACAGCUCUGACAAGCAAGUGAGGAAUGCGCCCAACACAAAGAUCAAUCCCGCUUGGAAUACCGUGACAAUAAAUGCCACGGUCUGCCCUUCCACCGGAAGGAUUUAUGACUGGCCAAGAGGUUGUGGGGGGCGGGCGUGGUCCAGGUUGUCUAUUUGUUUAAAAAGUCCAGUGUGAAAAUGAAAGUGCCGAGGUCAGUGUGCUAUUAGCGACGGGCACUUGAGGUGCCGUCAUCCGUGGCUGCAGAAGGGUGAUAUAUGAUAUCACUAUAUGUGUAAGGUGCGCCAAGCACCACAGACUAACCUGUAUGUGCUCAUGCGUUGAAUGACUUGUCAAGCGUAGGCCUGCAGGCAAAUGGAAUUACUUUGUUGCGUUCUUUAUUCCGUUUACAUUGGAUUGUGUUGAAAUCUAAUGUAAUGUUCUCACGAGGCCUCCGAAUGACCUGGAGCAGGACUGGAGCAAACUUCUGCAAAAAAAGUAACUUGUCAUUGAAUUUCCUUCUACAUUCUUAUGAAAGUGAGAGCACCUGACCGAUCACUGGUGUUUUUAUUCAUAUGAGCUUGUUUUCAUGAGAAUUUAGCAAGAAUUUAUAAAAAAAAAAAAAUAAAAUCAAUGCACCAUAUAAUAUUUAGUAGGAAGCGGACAGAUUUAUUUUCAUUUAUGAAAAUAAUACACCGAAAACCCCCCUGAGCUGCUUAUAAACUUUGCUAAAAUAUUGCGUGUUUGUGGCAAAAUAGUGCAAACCUGUGGGAAAAAUGUAGUUUGUAGUACAUUUGUUGAGCAUUUUCUGUCAAAGCUUAAGACGGUUCUAGGGAUGCAAUUAAUGAUUAUUUUCUUAGUUGAUUAAUCUGAAGCUUGUUGUUUUGAUUAAUCGAGUAAUCGGUUAGGCCCUAGACUGGGGUGUCCAAAAUUUUUCCACGGAGCACCACAGACUGAAAAAUGAAAGGAUGCAAGAGCCACUUUGAUAUCUUGUAAAGCAACACGUGUAGAUAUGCUAAGAAGUUAUAUAUAUAUACUUUGAUAUUUUGUAAAGCAACACAUGUAGAUAUGCUAAG